CCACUGUGUCGAAUGUCUGAAGCCGUUGCUGGGUUCUUACCGCCUGGCUGUAGUUUAAAUAUUAUAACCUAUCGAUAGUUAAUACAUGUGCGUAAAGGACUUGUCUUGCAAUCGAUAAAAGAGAUAACAUGGUCUGACGUGAACACAAGAGCUGUGGAAGAUAUCGUCCAUUGAAAGGUUUUAUCCAAGUGCAAAGAGUUCCUGCUGAGGACAACGGAGCUAAGAUGGGCUUCUGAAGACCUCUUGAUCACAUGGACUCCUAUCCUGUGCUGACCCAAUGGUUUAAUCACCACGACUAAAAAUGAGCAUAAGCAGUGAUGAAGUCAAUUUCCUGGUUUACAGAUACCUGCAAGAGUCAGGCUUCUCCCACUCGGCUUUCACCUUUGGCAUAGAGAGCCACAUCAGCCAGUCCAACAUCAAUGGAGCCCUGGUGCCCCCUGCUGCCCUCAUCUCCAUCAUUCAGAAGGGCCUGCAGUACGUGGAGGCUGAAGUCAGCAUUAAUGAGGACGGGACCUUAUUUGACGGGCGGCCCAUCGAGUCCCUGUCGCUGAUCGACGCUGUAAUGCCAGAUGUCGUCCAAACCAGGCAGCAGGCCUACAGGGACAAGCUGGCCCAGCAGCAGCAGCAGCAGGCGGCUGGCAGUGGCAGCGGCGCCGGGCCCCAGGGAGGCCCCAAGAACGGAGAGGGUGCUGCCAACGGGGAGGAGAACGGAUCCCAUGCCUUAGCCAAUCACCACGCAGAGAUGAUGGAGGUGGACAGGGAGGUGGAGAUCCCCCAGAGUAAAGCCAUGGUUCUGCGGGGCCACGAAUCCGAAGUGUUUAUCUGUGCCUGGAACCCUGUGAACGACCUCCUCGCCUCCGGAUCCGGGGACUCGACAGCGCGGAUCUGGAACCUGAGUGAGAACACCACAGGCGGGUCCACCCAGCUGGUUCUGAGGCACUGCAUACGGGAAGGGGGCCAGGACGUACCCAGCAACAAAGACGUCACCUCACUAGACUGGAAUAGCGAGGGCACGUUGCUAGCAACAGGCUCGUACGACGGCUUCGCUAGAAUAUGGACAAAAGACGGAAACCUGGCGAGUACAUUGGGUCAGCAUAAAGGUCCUAUAUUUGCACUCAAGUGGAAUAAGAAAGGCAACUUCAUCCUCAGUGCUGGGGUAGACAAGACUACAAUAAUUUGGGACGCACAUACGGGAGAGGCCAAGCAACAAUUCCCUUUCCACUCCGCACCUGCUCUGGACGUGGACUGGCAGAGCAACAACACGUUCGCCUCCUGCAGCACAGACAUGUGCAUCCAUGUGUGUAAGCUGGGUCAGGACAGACCUGUCAAGACUUUCCAGGGACACACGAACGAGGUGAACGCCAUCAAGUGGGAUCCCACUGGCAGCCUGCUGGCAUCCUGCUCAGACGACAUGACGCUGAAGAUCUGGAGUAUGAAGCAGGACUCGUGUGUCCAUGACCUCCAGGCUCACAGUAAGGAGAUCUACACCAUCAAGUGGAGCCCCACAGGCCCCGGGACCAACAACCCCAGCGCCAACCUCAUGCUUGCCAGUGCAUCGUUUGACUCCACAGUGCGCCUGUGGGACGUGGAGCGCGGGGUGUGUAUCCACACACUGACCCGCCACCAGGAGCCCGUCUACAGCGUGGCCUUCAGCCCGGACGGCCGGCACCUCGCCAGCGGCUCCUUCGACAAGUGUGUGCACAUCUGGAACACACAGACGGGGGCUUUAGUGCACAGCUACCGGGGGACAGGAGGGAUCUUCGAGGUGUGCUGGAACGCCACAGGCGACAAAGUAGGAGCCAGCGCGUCAGAUGGAUCGGUUUGCGUAUUAGACCUGAGGAAAUGACACGUGUCAGGGGGAGCCAUGGACCGACUACGAAUGUGUACAUAGCCAAAAUGACUGAGUGUUCCUGCCUGUCCGCCACACUGCUGUAGUCCCAUCAUAUGCCAUGGCCCGCCAUCACAGCCAAAUGGAGCCCCCCCCCACCCCCACCCCUACCCUCCCCCCCUCAUAUGUACACACGAAGACCCCACCUUGGACACAUACAGUUGUUAGGUCUGCACGGACAGCUGUGCCGCUCUCAGACGUCCAGCAAACAAACAUUUGUCUGUUUUGACGGACACAACCCUCACCCCCCCCCCCCAAAACAGGACUCCCCUCGCUUUCUGUUUUGACGGACACAACCCUCACCCCCCCAAAACAGGACUCCCCUCGCUUUCAUCUUUUUAUCCUUUGUACCUGAACGAUGUUUUGUUCUCUGCCGGCGUGUGCAUAUUGCAUAUGUCAUCAGAUGGUGUCGUUGUUUUGAAUUAUGAUUUUACUGCUACCUGCGGGUUUUAUAUUCCAUGUGGGGGGGGGGGAGAGAAGAGGGGUGGGGCGGGGGGUUGAAAGUAUUAGUCUUUUUACAGCCGGUGUUUAUUAAAAAGCUUUUCAUUGGGAGAUCCAUUCAUUCACUUAUUGGCAAACAAAUGCAGAUGUAUAGCUUAGAAAGUGACAAUGUUUUUAAUUCUGUCGACUAUUUUUUAUCCAAUCCAUUUUUUUUUAACACAAAGUAUAAAGCAGUUAAUCAAAGGCUGAACCGUCCUUUGUUUUUGCUAACCUCAGAAAUGGUUUUCAGGUGUUCACAAUUCAUCAGGUUAAUAUGUAUAGCUCUAAAGAAUUCAAAACCUUUUAGGCUGAAAGAUUAUCUUUGUAACAACAUGUCACCCAACACCCAUGUGCGUCCAGCAUCAGGUUUCUGUCCCGGAUCUUACGGAUAGACGGCGGCCGAGCUUAUGUGUCAGUAGUGAGGUAACGUGGCACAGGAAGAGCUUGCUCUUUGCCAUCGCUUCAGAUUCUGGGAUCUGUGGAAAUCAGACCUUUGUCGACUCUAUGCGACGCAAACAAUUAACAGUUUUAAUCACGCUUAAUUAAUUAUUGGCUUCCUGCUAACAAUGCUAAAUGAUAAUCCGACUAGGCCGUUGUAACGUUUCCUUUGCUUGUUGCAUCAGUUUAACACAUCGAUCAGUGGUUUCGCUUAAAAAGUCUCUUUCACUCUGAUAGCUUUCUUUUCCAGCAAGUACACACUACAAUCCAGGCCAUGGUUUGCCCUUGCUAAGAAUCAACACACACACAAUCUACGCUGCGUUCCGGCCUAUGCACGGACAGACGGCGCUUUCUGUUUGUAGUUUCAGAGUUGGCCUCUUGAGGCAAGUCUGUGCUUGUUGUUAAAAAGCAGACAUAUGAUCUUCAUAUAACAUAUAUAUAUAUAUAUAUAUAAAUAUAUAUCUGUGCUAUCACAUGGGACUCUUUGUAUGCCACUACGUUAAGGGUAGAUUUGCAGAUAUUCAACUAUAGUGUGAUGUCACUGUGCAUCACCAAGGGUCAAAACCAUGAGGAAUGGUGUCUUUUUUUAUGAAAUACCAUUAAACAGUCAUAGAAAAGGAAAACAAAGAGCAGCUAUUUGAAGGGUGUUUCUCUUUCCUGCCCUUCGGACAAAAAAUUGAGAAACAGGGAGGUGUUUUUAUUUAAGUCAUCGUAAACAACUAAUAAAAUGCUGUUAAAGGUGAGGUGGAAGGGUGCAGAAAGUGUGCAUUGGGUAAAUAAGGCGUCCUCGGGGCCCACUUCAUGGCAUUCCGGUUUUCAUCUCGCAGCCAUAACCAACAGCUAACGGCUUGACAAACACACCCGCAUCGUCGGACAUUUCAGAGGUUUUGCUCAGAAUGUUAGUCUUUAAAAAAAAAACAUUGUACUGAAGCUAAAGACUAUUUUGAAGUUUGCUUCUACAGUCGGCUGUGAUCGAACUGUACGACAAAGACACUAUUUCAAAUGAUGUCUAUGACAGUGGAAUGGUAUUUUAUAAUGUUUUGUUUUUAGAUGAUAAGCUUUUUACACUGCAUUCAAGUGUGUUUGCUAUCUUUUGUUCCUACAAAAAGUACUAACUUUAAUUCUAUCUUUGCUAUGUCGGAGAGCCCUUGAAGGUUUUGUACUCCUCAACACUUUUGUAAUUCUGAUUUAUUUGUAGCUACAUACAAAAUGAAAAAAAUAAAGAAAUAAUUCUGGAUUAAAUAGUCAAUGUAUUAUAAAACGGAACAUGUAAAUACCAAUUUGCAGAUUUCUUUUUGUUGUGUUGUCUUUGCCCUCAACUAUGUUGUACUCUCUUUCUCUCUCACUCACAUGGUUGCAGUCCGCAGCCUCUUGAUCUGACUGUUGUAAUAUCACUCAGAUUUCAAGGUCUAGAAUAAAAUCUAUUUUGAUAAUA